GCUGGUCUGAUGUCGGAGGCUGUUCUGCGCUAUUGUUUGUAUCGGCUGUACAUAUCGAGGCAGAGCGGAAAGCUGCUAUGUUGCUUGCUUACAACUCGAUUGAUUUGACAAGGGAACCCGUCGGAUUCUGAUCUGAAGUAGUUUCAAGCGAAGACUGAAUGCAGAAUGCUGGACACGGUGACCGCCGUGGUGAGGUUUGCGCAGUACGGCAACGGCACCGCGCUUCCAACGGCGGAGAACACGUCAGCCGUACCUACAUGGCCGUCUGAAGCGAACAUCAGCCAGCCACACAGGUGUCUGCAGGUCCUUUACGAGGACAUUGGCCACUCCAGGGUGCGCUUUUGGGACUUGCUGUUGCUGGUACCUAACGUGGCCUUCCUAGUGUUCCUGAUAUGGAAGCUGCCAUCAGCCCGCGCCAAAAUCCGUGUCACCUCCAGUCCAAUCUUUAUCACCUUUUACGCACUGGUGUUUGUAGUGGCAGCAGUAGGAAUCACUCGUGCUGUCGUCUCCAUGACUGUGAGUGCAUCUAAUGCUGCCAUCUUAAUAGACAAGGUGCUGUGGGAAAUUACUCGCUUCUUCCUGCUAACCAUCGAGCUCAGCGUCAUCAUAUUGGGACUGGCUUUUGGUCAUUUGGAGAGUAAGUCUAGUAUCAAACGAGUGUUGGCCAUAACUGCAGUGUUGGCACUGGCUUACUCUAUUACACAGGGUACACUGGAGAUCCUGUACCCUGAUCAGCAUCUCUCUGCUGAUGAUUUUAAUAUCUAUGGCCACGGGGGGCGACACUUCUGGCUGGCCAGCUCCUGCUUCUUUUUUCUGGUUUAUUCUUUGAUAGUUGUCCUGCCAAAAACCCCGAUCAGAGAGAGAAUAUCAUUACCAUCUAAGAGGAGUUUCUACGUGUAUGCGGCCAUCCUGUCUUUGCUGAAUAUGGUGCAGGGUCUGGGCAGUGCUCUGCUGUGUGCUGAUAUUAUUGAAGGCUUGUGCUGUGUUGACGUCACCACAUUCCUCUACUUCUCUGUCUUUGCUCCUCUUAUCUACGUAACGUUCCUCAAAGGAUUUUUUGGUUCGGAACCAAAGAUCCUGUUCUCCUACAAGUCUCAGAUAGAUGAGCCGGAUGAGCCGGACGUGCACCUGCCUCACACUUCCUCCGCUGGCCUGGGCAGCAGGAAAGAUAUGGAGCACGGUUCCUACUCCAGCACUCAGAUCGACACAUCGGGGGCCUACCUGGAUGAUGUUGUCUCCGGCCCCUACGGAACGGGCCACAGCAUCAACAGCAUUGACAGUGACCGCUGGAGGGCAAUCAAUGCCUAAGUGAAAGCAAGAGGAAUGGAGGGAUAAUUAAAAAGGACUGGCCACGAGUGGCCUAGAGAUUGGAAACCCUUCUGUCUUUCCUACACUGAACCGCAUUCCCUUUGAAAGUGGAUUUGAGCUCAGUUUAUCACGGCCUUGCUUUACAGCUCAAUAUUUUGACAGUGCAUUUGUUGUUCCUUUGAUUCUGAAGUGCUUUUUUGCCCUUAUGAAGUGUCUUUCUUUUUUUUAAAUACCCAGUGUACUUAACUGUACCACCAUGUUCGAAGGCCUGUGCAGUUUUUCGGUACUGUGUUGAACACAGUACUCAGAGUAUUAGCUGGGGUAUUAUAGUAGGAGUAGUGGUGGAUUAGAGAUGGCUUGGUUAUAAAUGAGCUCAGGCUUAAUUUGCUGAUUCCAGAGAGGUGGAUUGAUUUUAAACUGCAGAACGGGUAUUACAUGGAGUCUCACUGUGUGCUGAGUUUCCUUUUUUUUUAACAACUGUUGCUGGAAAGAUGCAAGGCUAGAUAUAUUGUGCUGACCUGAGCCUAAGUCUGGACCCACUGCUUCUGUGUUCCCUUGUGUUUUUAUUUAUUUUAGUGAUUAUGCUAUAUUUUCGCCUGUUAUAGCGGUAACCCAUCAUCAUUCCCUCUGACAAACACAGAGUAAGCACUAUGGGACGCAUCCACAAACAAUGGCAAAAUGCAAAGUUCACAAAGACUGACUUAAAAAAAGGAGCAAAUGCUAAAAUUGUCUUUGUGUGAAACUGACAAUGUGACAAGUGUUUGGUGCAUUACCAAUCCAUCAAGCAAUCAUUAUACAGGUUUUUCUUAGACCAUUUGCCUAUGCUGUUUCUACUUCAUACAAAGACAGGUGUGUUUUACUGACCAAAAAUCUGUAUAUAUCUAUCUAAAUAUUGUGUGAGUAUACGUUUUCAAACUUUGACAGUGUUUCUUGUGAUUUUCUUUUGUAUUUAAAAGUGGAAUAAUGCAUUUAAAUCAUUGUUGAACACCUAACAACAUGCCCAAGAUCAACUAUGUAAACUGCGAUUUUUUUUAAUCUCUAAAUAUGGAUGCUUAUGAUUAUUUAUGGGUGACGGCAAUACCACAUUUUUUGUCUUUGUAGUCUAAUAGCUGAAAGAUGGCAGAUAUCGCAGCUAACUCUUUGCCACAGAGCUCCUAUGCUUGAUUUGUUGUGCUGUAAUAUUGCCUUAGUUGAUCCAGGCCUGCUUUCCAUAAAAGCUGAAGUAUAAAGAUCAGGCUAGCAUAGCAAACUGAGCAUUAAAUUGAGCACUUGCUCUAAAGAGACAUUAGACGAUCUUAAAACCCCAAUGCUUUUUGUAAAGCAGGCCCUGCUUGGCAGUUAUUAAAAUGCCUUCUUUUAUUCAGUAUAACUUUCCCUUAAAAGGUAGAUCAGAGUAGUAAAAGACUACAUCUGUUAAACAGGAUUGUCUCCAUGAACUAUAAGACUGUUAUCAUGCAGUAUGUAAAUGAAAGAUUUAUUUUUCCAUGAAUGUGCAUUGUUAUACUAGAAGUAGAUCUUAUCGCCACAAGUGUUACUGCAGUCCAGUGUUGUAGCCUGUUGGAUGUCCCAAUGCAUGUUGCACCUCUCAGCGUCCCUCACCUUUUGGCCAAAUGGUGUCUCUGACAUGUUGCUGAAAUUACUGUAUUGUGGCUUGUGAAUAUGUGAUGACGCAACAUCGCUCGGCCCUAUGAAGAAACGUUUUCAUUUGGAGGGGAACACGACGAUGUUAACUGUGAAUGAUGCAGAUGAUAAUACAAUUAUUUUUAAAUUUCUCCCAGAUUAAAAGAGGAUCACACAAUAA